AUGAUUUCCCAUCGGAGCCUCAAAGAUCAGUUUCCAUGUGCAUUCACCCAGAAAGGGACAGAAAAAAAGAGAUUCAACCAAAUUCCAAGAGAAGUAAAAGUUUCUUCAAAGCCUUGCUUAGCGUACACAGGUCAAGAAAGGAAGAUGUACCAUACUGGUAUCGGGAUGGCUACUGAUAGGGUGAAGACGACAUGA